AUGGAGACUCCGAAUACUUGCUGUGGUCUCUGCCAUUCCGACAGGAUUUACUGCCGCUUUGAUCCGAGACAAUCAGUCUCCAAUGAUGGACUUUGUGGUGCAUACAACGGUACCACUACCUGCUCCGGCAGCAUCUAUGGCACCUGCUGCAGCAAGAUUGGAUGCUGUGAUAGUGAGACCGACUACUUCGGAUCCAGCUGCCAGAAUGUCAACGGCACCUGCGGAGCCAAUACCACUCUAAGCUGGUACAGCCUGGGGUGCUACUCCGACAACACUAACGCUCGCGCCCUGAACACCUCCGUUCUCGUCACCGGCCACACCGUCAAGUGCUACUGCGGUACCGCCAUCGAGAACGACUCUGGACCCAUUGAUUCCUCUAGUUGCAAUGCGGCAUGCGCAGGAGACAGCAGCGAGAUUAGUGGCGGAGCGGACGCUCUGAGCCUGUAUUUCAUCGUGCCUAUCUGGCAGAGCGUGGGAUGCUACUCCGACACCACUCUUAAACGCACUCUGGCUAUGUCCUACAAUAUUGGCGGUAAUACCGUGGAGAACUGCCAGGCAGCGUGCAAAAAGGACGGAUAUAUCUAUGCCGGCAUGGAGUUUGGCACUCAGUGUUUCUGUGGCAAUACUAUCGACAACGGCGGUGCUCCUACCUCUGGCUGUGGAACCCCAUGCCCGGGCGAUGCUUCUGAGACCUGCGAUGGAGCCAAUGCUCUAAGUUUGUACUAUCUUUUCGAGGACUCUGAGCCCGAGGAGAAGAAGUAG